UGCCCGCUUUCCCUUCCACUCGCCCGGGCGGCAGGGGCCGCUUCCCCGCCCAGCGGAGCCCGGUGACCUUGCGGGGCUGCGGGAGCGGGCCGGGCCGGGCAAGCUGAGCGGGGAGCGGGCAGAGAUGGCGGAGGGCGGCGAGGAGGAGGAGGAGGAGGAGGCGGCGGCGGGGGAGAAGGGGGAGAUGCUGGGUGCCCCGCCGCAGCACAAUGGCUUCCUCCCCGGCAAGGAGGCGGAGAACGGCGGCCCCGGAGGAUGCACGGCGGCGGGCAGCCGGGUGGAGACGCGGCUGUCGCGGCGGCGGCUGGCGGUGCUGGCCGUCUUCAGCUGCUACUCGCUGGUGAACGCCUUCCAGUGGAUCCAGUACAGCAUCCUCAGCAACGUCUUCGCCCACUUCUACGGCGUGUCCUUCACGCAGAUAGACUGGCUCUCCAUGGUCUACAUGGUGGCCUACGUGCCGCUCAUCCUGCCCGCCACAUGGCUGCUGGACGCCCGCGGGCUGCGCCUCACCGCGCUGCUGGGCGCGGGGCUCAACGGGCUGGGCGCCUGGCUCAAGUGUGCCAGCCUGGCGCCCGGCCGCUACGCCAUCACCAUGGCGGCCCAGGCCGUCUGCGCCGUCGCCCAGGUCUUCAUCCUCGGGCUGCCCUCGCGCGUCGCCUCUGUCUGGUUCGGCCCCUCCGAGGUCUCCACCGCCUGUGCCGUGGCCGUGCUGGGCAACCAGCUUGGCACUGCAAUUGGCUUUUUGGUGCCACCUGUUUUGGUUCCAAAUACACCGAAUGAUAUUGAUCUAAUGGCACAUAAUAUAAGCAUCAUGUUCUAUGGAACAGCGAUCGUAUCCACACUUUUGUUCUUCUUAACAGGAGUUGUGUUUGAAGAAAAGCCUAAAUAUCCUCCUAGUCACUCUCAAGCACUUCUGCAAGCUAUGCCUCCUGAGGAUUAUUCCUACAAGCAGUCGAUUAUUAACUUAGUCAAAAAUAUUCCAUUUGUACUCUUGCUGAUCAGCUACGGUAUUAUGACUGGAGCAUUUUAUUCUGUCUCCACAUUAUUAAACCAGAUGAUAGUAACUUAUUAUGAGGGAGAAGAAGUGAACGCUGGGAGAAUUGGCUUGACACUGGUGGUGGCAGGAAUGGUGGGUUCGAUUAUUUGUGGUUUGUGGCUGGAUUACACUAAAACAUACAAGCAAACCACUCUGAUCGUUUACAUCCUCUCUUUCAUUGGGUUGGUGGUAUUUACGUUCACCCUGGACCUUGGACAUCUCAUAGUAGUGUUUGUGACUGGAGGAGUACUUGGGUUCUUCAUGACUGGCUAUCUCCCACUUGGGUUUGAAUUUGCUGUGGAAAUUACGUACCCAGAGUCUGAAGGCACUUCGUCAGGUCUACUUAAUGCUUCAGCACAGAUAUUUGGAAUUGUCUUUACACUUGUUCAAGGGAAGCUUACAACAGACUACAGUCCUCGUGCAGGAAACCUCUUUCUCUGUGCUUGGCUGUUUGUGGGCAUUAUCUUAACAGCCUUAAUAAAAUCAGAUUUGCGAAGACACAAUGUGAAUUCAGGGAUUAUGAAUAUGGACGUUAAACCUGUACCAGUUGACAGUCCUGUAGAACAUGAAAAUUGUACUGCUUUAAAAAUCCAAUCAGAUUUAUAAAUCUGAAAGAAGAUGACUUAGAAACACACAAGUUUGGUUGAAUACUGAACAAUAUUAAAUAGUGUAAUCACUUAUAUGGACUUAUAUGGAUAGUAAAAUGUAUUUGGUGGUGAAUUCAGUGACGAUUGUGUGGUGGAAACUGAAAGUGGUCAGUUCAUUUCAACCAAGAUGCAAACAACCCAACUUUGUAUGGAAUAUUUAUUUUAAUGGUUUUCAAGUUUUGCAGUUUCACUGGUGAAGAACUGUCUGAAUGCUCUCCACUCUAGGAAGAAAUGUACAUCCAUGAUGCACACUGAAAAGAUGUGGAAUCCUAAAGUAUGGUCAUGAUCAGAAGUAAUUUUGAUUUCAAGGGGGAGAGGGAGGAAAGUUAAUUUCUUCUUCAGUCCUUUCUAGUGCAUUUGGAAAGUCAGAGUACGUAUAGCUGCAUGACUGAGUGUAUUCAUAUUCUUUUUUAUUUUUUUAAUUUUUAUUUUUUUAAAUGUCCCUGAAGUAGGCCAAUAGUCCCUUCUGGAAAACUGUCUAUAGCACAAAACUGAAAACAAAAGAUGACUGCAAAUGUGAGUUUUGAGUUUCUUUUGCCUUGAAAUUUCUCGAUGGAUACCAGAAGGCAGGUGAGGGAAAAACAAACAAACAAAAAUACCAAACCCACAACAUAUUUCUUAUUUAAUACGAUAAAAAGGAGAAAGACCAUAGAUAUCUCUACUGCGAAGUAUUUAUAGGCAAUGGAAUGCUACUGCAUGGGUUUCUUCCUGAGCAUUUUGAGUGCUUUCUCAGUUAAAGUGAGAAGAAUAUGUUUACAAAGAGAUGGUGCCUUUACUUUGUAAAGAAGAUACUUGCCUCAAGUUGAACUAGUGCUGCUGAAGAAAUUCCAUUUUGCAUGUUAAACUUCCUGAAUAUUUGUGGAGUAUCAGAAAAUGUGUUGUAUGUUUUUUCCCAUUUCUUUCUUUGUGUUAUGAAUUAUCAUUUAUCUCCUGUGAUUUUUUUAUGCUUAUUUUAUAACUUUGUGUGCUCAUAUAAAAUGAGACAUGAUUUACUGUUAAAAGCUGUAAGGAUGACUGAAAGGAAAAUAAUGAUGUUUUUCUCUGUCUGAGAUAUUUGUUGUUUAAGUCAUGUAUCUUAGAUUCAAAAGGAUCAGACUUCUUUGCCAUUC